AUGUCUGAGGACGACAUCGACAUGCUCGGCCCGGACGGGCACUCAGAGACUCAACUCAUCUGCGAACGCCGCACGCCGAGGUUCAGCUGGACGCCGGCCUACGAGACCACCUUCUUCCGAAGCCUUUGCGAGAGCGUCCAGCUUGGCUUGCGCGAGAAUAGCAGUUUCAAGGCCGAGGCCUGGGCGCGCGCCGCUCAGGCGCUCGAAAAAAGCCAUGGUGCCUAUCCCACCAAGAGCCAUCUCAUCAACAAGAGCGACAACGCGCGCAAGCGAUUUCGACUAUGGAGGGGCCUACGCGAGCACCCGGAUUUUCUGUACAACCCCAACACGCGAGUCGUGACGGCGUCCAAAGAGGCGUGGAACGCGCACAUCGAGAAAGAACCCCUUUCGCGAGCCCUUCGCGGGCGACGUUUCGAACACGAGGAUUUCAUGGAGAUACUUUACCCAGAUGUGAUUGGGUCGGGCGGCGCCCCCAAGAGAAUCAUGAAGCCGAGGAGGAGACCAGACGAGCUUGACGAGACGGAUAUGCCUGGGACGGGGAUUUUGAAUCUACAGCUGGACGCUGGCUCAGUCCAGACGUCCGACGGCGCAGACCAACAUCCGCACACGCCGCCUGACGAGCCGGUCAAUCAAGCCAAGAAGCGGGCGUUGCCGCAGGAACCCGCAGAAUAUGCCUUUGACGCUCAGCCGUCAUUUUCGAGCGCCACGCCGGGGAGCGCUCCGCAGGCCGCGCAGUCGCCUGAGAAGCGAGCGCGCACGUCUGGCCAGGGCGAUUCUCUGUCGAGCGCUCUUGGGGCCAUAGCGGCUUCUGUGACGGCUCCCAGUUCGUCCAACACGACGCCGUUGCCUGUCAACGGAAACGGGUCCGGCUUGGAGGAACUGGACGCUGCGAAGAACAGACAUGGCCUCCAAUGGCAGGAAGCGGCCCUGGAUGCAUUCUUCAAGGACUUUGCCGACCAGGAUCCGGAUCUGCAACUCAUGAUUACUGAAGCAGUCCUAGACCACAGCCUGUACCUGAGCCAGAACAUGGAAGGACAUAACAUGUCCUACGCCGAGAUAGCUGCCAGCGGCCCCAAGCAAUCUGCCAGUGAGGCAGCUGCCCCCCAACCCCCCGAGAUCAUCCCCAACGAGAGCGCGUCCACGGCAUCGCUAGUCGACGUCGACGUGCCGAGCGUGCACACCGUGUCCUCCGACUUCCUCGACCAGGACGUCAAGACGGAGACGCAAGCCGACCGGCGCUAUCGCGAGGCCGCCGCCGCCAAGGCCAAGGCCGCAAAGGUCAAGAACGACGCCUCCAGCAAGGCCCGCCAGGCCGACUCGUGGCUCACAAAGCACUUUGCCGAGCUCUCCGACGGCAAUGCCGGCGCCCUCGCCCUCGUCAACCUGGCUGCCGUCAUCGGCUUGAGCUCCUACAUGGGCUACCGCGCCUGGGGCCUGUACGAGAGGGGCUCCCUCGACUGGAAGACGGCGGGUGCUGGGCUGGGUGUCUUGGCUGCUGUUGGCGCUGUGGAAUCGGUCAUUGGAGGAUACCUGUACAAGGGAAAGAAGAAGGGCUCACCCUAG